AUGCCGCCCAAGGACAACACGAAGAAGAAAGAUGCUGGAAAGUCAGCCAAAAAAGACAAAGACCCAGUGAACAAAUCUGGGGGCAAGGCCAAAAAGAGGAAGUGGUCCAAAGGCAAAGUUCGGGACAAGCUCAAUAACCUAGUCUUGUUUGACAAAGCAACAUAUGAGAAACUCUGUAAAGAAGUUCCCAACUAUAAGCUUAUAACUCCAGCUGUCGUCUCUGAGAGACUGAAGAUUCGUGGUUCGCUGGCCAGGGCAGCCCUGCAGGAGCUCCUUAGUAAAGGACUUAUUAAACUGGUUUCAAAGCACAGAGCUCAAGUAAUGCAUACCAGAAAUACCAAGGGUGGAGAUGCUCUAGCUGCUAGUGAAGAUGCAUGAACAGGUCCCACCAAC